AUGGCCUCCAAGCUUUCGCUCGCCUUUCUUCUUCUUGUUUUUCUUUCAAUCCUUUCACAGCCCAUUAUUUCAACAGCUGCGAAAACAAACCAUCAUGAUCAUGGGUUGAAUGUUGGGAUGAUCUCAAGUGCCCUAGCCAACAAAGGUUACAUAGCCAUGUCCUUAAUUCUCGAACAAACCCUCCCUACAUUGAUACCUUUCGAAUACCAUGUUGCACUGUUAAAGCUUGAUACGAAGGCUCUUCAGUUGUCUCUUCCAUACGAAUCCAAGGUCGAUACUCUCCUUUCCCAUCACCCACUUGUGGUUACUACAACACGCCAUCAUAGUGAUUGCACUUCCAUUAAUGGAGUCAAGGUCACAGAUUGGGAUAUCUACAACGAUGGACAUGUGAUCGUUCAUGGGGUAGAGGACUUCAUUGAUCCUGCAUUCCAGACCCUUCUAUAUCCAUGGUACGACAGUAGGUCACAAAGAAUGAGAAUGAGAAUGAGAAUGAGAGCAGAACUGGAAAGGAUUCAAAUGUAG